GGCAACCACUCUUUUGACGGAAAUUCUUCCGUUCUGAACAAUUACGGUCACGGAUUACGUCGUUUGCAAUCGGUUUCCAAAUUACGAGGUGAUUUCAAUUUAAGAUUAGAGAUUAAAAUAAAUAUUUUCUUCCAAUCGAGUGAAAAAGAUUAUUUAUAGAAAUCUCAUAAUUGAUAAAAACAGAAGUGGGAGGCGUAUUAGGAGGAGGGGUAGGAGAGUAAAGAGGAAGUAAUAACUUUCAAUCGUGUUACGAUAUCGCAGAUUAAAAGUCUGAAACGAAGUUUUCCUUCAUCGCAAGGCUGAUGUCGUUCGUUAGGUCGUACUAUAUACGAUAGCAUCCUAGUGGCGAAAUAAAAAAGCAACGACCGUGCGGGAGGUAGCUGGCCAUCUUGGAAAACAGAUAUGGUUGUAUCGAGAGAAACGUCAACAGAAUUGUGUUUACCUCUUGUUACUGUACAUGCCGCGAGAGGUUUACUUUAAUUACCUUUGCAAUAGACGUUAGCCGCUUAAUUAAUCUUAGAGAAGUGAGGAGGAGGAGGAGGUGGAGGAGGUCGACACGGUGGCGUAUCUGACACGCGGACAAUAUCGCAAAAGGUGCGUAAAUUUGCUUCCAAAGAAUGAAUCGAGGUGACGGGUUGGUGCAGAGAAGAAGAGUGGUUAACAGUAGCAGCAGCAGUAGUGGACUCGGCCAGGAUGGUUCCAACGACCUUGGUCACAAUGAAAAAUCAUCCGGUAACGGUAUGGACACUAACUGUUCAUCUCAAAAAGACCUUAAUUCCAAUCCUACGAUAGACGAUGAUUCUGACAAAGAAACUAGGUUGACUCUUAUGGAAGAAGUCUUACUCCUUGGUCUCAAAGACAAGGAGGGUUAUACAUCCUUUUGGAACGACUGCAUAAGCUCAGGCUUGCGUGGAUGCAUUUUGGCAGAACUUGGAUUCCGUGGUCGUGUUGAGUUGGAAAAAGCUGGUAUGCGUAAGAAAGGUUUACUCUCGAGGAAACUUCUUUUAAAAAAUGAUGCACCUACGGGAGAUGUCUUGUUGGAUGAAGCAUUGAAACAUUUAAAGGAUACUAAUCCUCCAGAGACCGUUCCAAGUUGGAUAGAAUAUUUAAGUGGUGAAACGUGGAAUCCUUUGAAACUUCGUUAUCAAUUAAAAAACGUUAGAGAAAGAUUAGCUAAGAACCUUGUUGAAAAAAGCGUAUUAACCACAGAAAAACAGAACUUCUUACUCUUCGAUAUGACAACUCAUCCUCUUACCGAUAAUCUCGCCAAAAGUCGUCUUGUUAAAAAGAUUCAGGAAGCUGUGUUAGGUCGUUGGGUAAACGAUGCCGGUCGUAUGGAUAGGCGGACGUUAGCAUUAGUGAUUUUAGCCCAUGCAGCUGACGUAUUAGAGAAUGCAUUUGCACCCCUCUGCGAUGAUGAUUAUGAAGUAGCAAUGCGCCGAGUUCGAACGUUGUUGGAUCUAGAUUUUGAAGCUGAAGCUGCUAAGCCUAAUGCAAAUCCUGUAUUAUGGGCUGUAUUCGCCGCAUUCACUAAGUAACACAGUUUUUAUUAAUUUAAAAUGUAACUUAUAAACAUUGGAUAAUAGUGCGAACAGUGGGAUUACCAAUUUUGCAUGUCCUUUUAGUUGUAAUACUUCAAAAGAAAUAGUUAAUGAGAGAUCAUUCUUACAAUCAUAUGAUUCAGACCAAAUAACAUAACUUGACUGCGCCCAAAUGCAGUGUUAGGAUAUAUACAUAUAUAUAUAUUAGUCAUUUCCAUUAUUAUUUAAUAACUUUGAUAACUGAACUCUGUGUAUUAGGUUCAGAUUUGAAAUAUCAUAAAGUAACGAAAUUCCAUGUGUGAAUGUGCACUUGGAGUGUGAUUUAGUGCCAUGUAGGGUUUGAUAAAAAA